AGGCGGGCUGGGGACAGGCGCGCGCAGAGGGCGGCGGCCGGACUCAGCGCUCGCCUCCCUCGGGCGGCUCCUUACUGCAUCAACCUGCGGGCUCCAGCUCGGCCGCCGGGCCCCUCCCACCGCACCCCACCCCCGCCGCCCGCCCGCCCCGGGGCCGGGGUUCCAGUUGGUGCGGAGCAGCCGCAAGCGGAGCUCCCGCCCGGGACCGGGACCGGGACCGCAGCGGCAGGCGACGUCGCGGCCACCUCCGUUGUACCCUCACUUCUGCCACUCGGGAUCAGGCAUCCACUCCUUCCCCGUCUCCCUUUGUCCGGUCCCCCCAUCGGCCCCCCCUCCCCCAUCCCCUGCCCUGUGAAACCCUCCCUCCUCUGUCCCUCUCCCCUCUGUCCCUGCUCCUGUGCCUCCAGCCUGCACGCUGCGCACCCCUCGAGCGGUCGGCACCCGUGCUUUCCGCGGGCGAUCUGCACCCGGUGCUCCCAGCUCUCUCCUUCAGUUCCAUCUCACCAACCGCCUGGCCUCUCGCUCGCCGGCGGCGCCCUGCUCCCAUCCCGAGUGGGUUGAGCGCCGGGCCGCCGCCUGGUCAUGUCAGGAUGGAGAUCCGGCAGCACGAGUGGCUCUCGGCCUCCCCCCACGAGGGCUUCGAGCAGAUGAGGUUGAAAAGCCGCCCCAAGGAGCCCUCGCCCAGCCUGACCCGAGUGGGCGCGAACUUCUACAGCAGUGUCAAGCAGCAGGACUACAGCGCCAGCGUCUGGCUCCGAAGAAAAGAUAAGCUGGAACAUUCACAGCAGAAGUGCAUUGUGGUCUUCGCUCUGGUCUGCUGCUUUGCCGUCCUGGUCGCGCUGAUAUUCUCAGCUGUGGACAUCAUGGGAGAAGAUGAAGACGGACUCUCAGAGAAAAAUUGCCAAAAUAAAUGUCGAAUCGCCCUUGUGGAGAACAUUCCUGAAGGCCUUAACUACUCUGAAGAUGCCCCAUUUCACCUGCCGCUUUUCCAUGGCUGGAUGAACUUACUCAACAUGGCCAAGAAAUCAGUUGACAUAGUGUCUUCCCAUUGGGACCUUAACCACACCCACCCAUCAGCAUGUCAGGGUCAACGUCUCUUUGAGAAAUUGCUCCAGCUGACGUCACAAAACAUCGAAAUCAAGCUGGUGAGCGAUGUGGCUGCCGCUUCAAAGGUAUUAGAAGCCUUGAAAUUAAAGGGAGCUGAGGUGACAUACAUGAACAUGACCGCCUACAACAAGGGCCGGCUGCAAUCGUCCUUCUGGAUUGUGGACAAGCAGCAUGUGUACAUCGGCAGCGCAGGUUUGGACUGGCGGUCCCUUGGACAGAUGAAAGAACUCGGUGUCAUCUUCUACAACUGCAGCUGCCUGGUCCUAGAUUUACAAAGGAUAUUCGCUUUAUAUAGCUCAUUAAAAUUCAAGAGCAGAGUACCUCAGACCUGGUCCAAGAGACUGUACGGAGUCUAUGACAAUGAGAAGAAGCUUCAGCUCCAGCUGAAUGAAACCAAGUCGCAAGCCUUUGUGUCGAAUUCUCCCAAACUCUUUUGUCCUAAAAACAGAAGCUUUGACAUCGAUGCCAUCUACAGCGUGAUAGACGACGCCAAGCAGUACGUGUACAUCGCUGUCACAGACUACCUGCCUAUCUCCAGCACGAGCACCAAAAGAACAUACUGGCCAGAUUUGGAUGGGAAAAUAAGGGAAGCAUUAGUUUUGCGAAGCGUUAAAGUCCGGCUCCUCAUUAGCUUCUGGAAGGAGACUGACCCCCUCACCUUUAACUUCAUUUCGUCUCUUAAAGCUAUUUGCACUGAAAUAGCCAACUGCAGCUUGAAAGUUAAAUUUUUUGAUCUGGAAAGAGAGAAUGCUUGUGCAACAAAAGAACAAAAGAACCAGACCUUUCCAAAAUUAAACCGCAACAAGUACAUGGUAACAGACGGAGCAGCUUACAUUGGAAAUUUUGAUUGGGUAGGGAACGACUUCACCCUGAAUGCGGGUACGGGCCUCGUCAUCAACCAGGCAGAGGCGAGAGACAACAGGAGCAUCAUUAAACAACUCAAAGACGUGUUUGAAAGAGACUGGUAUUCGCCUUAUGCCAAAUCCUUACAGCCCACCAAACAGCCGAACUGUUCAAACCUGUCCAAACGCAAGUCUCCCUCCAGCCAAGCUGCCAAUGACAAUGCCACCGGGAGGGAGCCCCUGAGUGCAUAGCUCACUGACAGACAAGCGAGGCUUCAGACCCAGUGCAGGAAGGACUAGAGCAAAGACCACGGUUUACGACAUCUUUUUUUUUUUUAAGGAGAAAUAAAAAAAAGCACACUUAUUAAAACUGUUCUCUGAAUGACAUGUAAUAUCUAGCUAACAACAUCUUAGCACCGUAUAUUAAAUUUAAGACUUUUCUAUCUAUGAGCUCUAACGGAGAAUGUCAUUCUGGCGUAGGAGUUAGUUUUUAACAUCUGCAUACAGAUUUUAAGACUCAGUUCUUGUCUUCUGUUUCUUACUGGUUUUAGGACCUUUUCUGCUGGCCCAGCUGCACAGGUUUUAGCGUGAGGUGAGCCCUCUCCUUUAACAUUGCUGAAUUCUGGAGUUGAGGAAUGGGGGAGAAGACACAGCCCCAAGUUUCUUCCCUAACAAUCCAUCUUCAAGACCUAUUGAGGCAGCUGAGCACAAACACCCCCAUCUCAUGCCAGCCUUCAAGACUCCUGAAAAAAUACCCAGUCUUUUGUCCCCUUGUGUUCUGAACCCACAGGUUUUCAUUGGUAUCUGUCUGUCUUCUCCCUAAAUGUCCUUUUUCUACAGCAUCUCUGUGUUCACCUCGGCACUAGUUCAAAGUGUCAGAAUAUCUUUGGGAAAGGUGUGAAUUCCCCAAAAUGUAUACAAUAUAGAAAUAUCAGUCUUUCAUUUUCACCUUUCAACUACAUUCUUUUUUUUUUCUUUUGGUUUUUUGAGACAUGCUUUCUCUGUGUAGCUCUGGCUAUUCUGGAACUCACUCUGUAGACCAGGCUGGCCUCGAACUCACUGAGAUUUCCCUGCCUCUGCCUCCCAAGUGCUGGGAUUAAAGGUGUGUGCCACCACUACCCAAUCUUCAACUAUACUUUUUCCCCUUCCUAAGUUAUUAUUUUAUUUUAACAACCAAAGUCAGCUCUCUCUCUCUCACUCUCUUUCAUAUAUAUUCAUAUAUAUAUAUAUAUAUAUAUAUAUAUAUAUACAUAUAUGUGUGUGUAUAUAUAUAUAUAUACUUUCCUCAAGCUCAGAAAGAUGAAGUGCCCCUGCUAAUAUUCAGCAAGCCAUUAAGUCUGUAUUUUGAGAACAAAGCUAUUUCACAUUUGUGUUUGGUUAACAGUAUUAUAAAGGAAAGGUCUCUAUGCGUCGGUGGAUUUUAAUUUAUUUAGAAUUAUUAUGCUGUUAAGAGUAUGCCAGCAAAUGUUUAUAGAGCUAUUUAAUAUACCUUCUGCUAUUUAAUAUACCAAAUGCUUUUCAGACAAAUGCAAUUUAAAUACUGUGCUUAACAUAUUUUACUAAGAAACAGAAAUAUUGGAUUAUUGUUCUAUAAUGUCAUUGUGUGUUGUUGUUUUAUAUCUCUACAAUAUAUAAUCCUGUAUUAAUGGAGACUGUUGCUACAUGAGAGAGGUGUGACCUCUUCAGAGCCCAGAGCAAGUGGCCAAGAUGCCCAUCCCCAGUAUGGCUCCUGCCACCAAGCUCAGAAUAGAGUCCUUCGCUCUUCGGCCUCGGGUUUCUAUAGUCAGUGUAGAGACAAUAAUACUCACCUACCUCGCAAGGAUGCUGUCAUGGUAGGCGAUAUUUCUAAGUUGUUUUUUUGAAAUCAAAAGAACCUAUAUAAAUGCUAAGCAUUACACUGCAUAAUCUUUUUCUUGAAAUAAUCUCCGCCGUAUCCUGAUAGAAGUCAUACCAGGUACUUCCCAAGAAUCCAGAGGGGAAAAUUUCUCUUUGCAAACACAGAAUAGGUAUGUAGGUGGGGAAGGUUGGUCCUGGUGACAAUCUGGAUUGUGGAUAUUUGCGUGGAAUAUGAAGCCCGGUCACCCUGACAUAAAUAAUAACGCACAAAGACGCUGUGCUGCAAAUGAACCUUUAGGACCAGAGUGUACAUGUGUCUUUAGAACAAGGAUAAACAAUCUCGUUUGUUUACUUUCAUCUCCAGAGAUUUGGUUUAAUUAUGACAAAAAGAAUUCCUUACUCAGGUUCACUGAAUGCAGAAUGGUUCACAGUCCUACUGACCACCCCAAUUCCUUUCCUGCUAUUUCUGUCUCUUGCCUCACUGGGUAUUUAAUCCGGUCAAGAGAUCUAAAGAGCAUGCAGGUGUGGCAGUGCAUGCCUUUAAUACCAGAACUCAGAAGGUAGAGGCAGGAAGAUCUUUGGAGGCCACAUAGAGAGUUCCAGGGCAGGUAGGGUUAUAGAGAAAGACCUUGUCUCAAAAACAAAACAAAACAACAACAAAAACAGUGAAAAAUACUCACAAAGAGACACAGAGACACACAGAGACAGAGAGAUAGAGCAUGCCAAGAGAGCUGCGCUUUAAGGAAAUCAGGUUUUUACGGACUGAUUUGAAGACUCUCAAAGAUGCUUUUCCAGCCAUAAGACUCUAAGUAUUUACCAAACACUCCAUCCUUGAAUUGGGUGUCACCCUGGCAAGUGUGCAAGUAAAAGCAGCUUUGGGGGUGGCUUUCAAAGGAAGGAAGGCAAUGAGUAGAAGCAAUGAGACAAGGAAGGCUUGUCACUCUUUAGCAGACAAAGGGAUCCUGGGUUGAUCCAACGAUUCUGAAUACACGGGAAGCGUAAAAGGUCACCUCCCUCUUGGCUACGUUGUCUCCCACAUUGCUUGUCAACAGUCAUGAGACAAAUGUAGGCUUGGUGAUGUGGGCCCUUUCCCAGUUGCUGCCUUUGAUAUUACACAGUGGGAAAAGAGAACAUUAUCAUUGAUGAAAUGGCCAUCACUGUCACUCACUCACAAACCCAUCAAUCAGGAUGGCAUCCAGGGGCACGGUACACACCAGCAUCAGUAGAGUCCUGCCAGUAACCCAUACCUCUGUGCCACCACAGCGUAGCACCUCACCCGACCAUGCAACCCUGUCCUUCUGCAGCACACAGGAGAAUGAGUCCUGUGUUGUCUCUGUCUUCUGGGAGAACAUUUAAUUCAGGAGACUGUUCUAUUCCAACAGGAUGCUCUCCUAUACAGGGGACCUUUUUCUUUUAGACAUUGAGUCUCUGCUGGAUAGGUAACUAACUCCCAUUCUUCCCGUUCCAUAGCUUAGGAUGUAUUUCUCAAGAGGGAAAGAACAUAAAACAAAAGCACUCCAAGGCUACUUCUAAUUUGGAGGUACGCCCUGCUGGAAAAUAUGAAGAAGGGGACUGCUAUCCUACCGUCUUCGCCGGAAUAUUCUGGGAGCUGUUCUCCAGUUGAAUGGAGACCAAACACAAUUUGAGACACAUUUUGCAUUUCCCCAUUGCUAACACUAACUUAGUGCCUUAUUUGUUCUCAAAUACUGGUUUUCAAAAUUCAGCAGCGGCCCACUAUUCAGGCUCUAUCUACUCAUUGCGGAGUCAAGUACUGCCUCAGAAAGACCAACUGGUUGAAAACAGGCAUAUGGGACCCACGGUUUCUGUGCAUCAUACUUUUAUCCCAUGACACAUUAAACAUAGGACCCUCCCGUCAGUCACUGUCACACAUUCUCCUCUGUGUCCUGUUGGCUUCCGCUGCAUCCUCACUGGCCAUUCCCUAUUAAAUCACAAAACGAGCAGGCUACAGGAAAGAAAGUGGGAUGUGGAGGUUGUAGCUACACUCUGCAGAAUCACGCCUGAUGAGCCUGGAAAUGGCAGAACUGAGACACAUUGUAUACGGCCCCCUUCCACCCUUCCCCUGCCCUGCCAUUAAGGAGCAAGAGACGCUGCCAAGGUCCUUCAGAACACAACGUGAGAAAUGAAUGUCUGAGUUUCGCAGGCUCAGCGAGAGUAAGGAAAGAUGUGUGGAUGCUUCUGCUUUUGUGUUGCUCCAGGCUCUAUGUCCCCAGAAUCUGCUCUACUUUAUCUCAGCGUCUGACACCACUCUUACUCAGAUGUGUUGGAUCACAUUCUGCUGAUUGAGCUUACCCUUUGAAAUAGGCGUUUUAUUAAUGUGCGGUUACCAGCUUGUCAGAGAAGUACCUCACUGAACCUGAGAUAACAGAAACUCAUUUCCCACCGGUCUGUACCUCUUCUCGAGUGCCUUAGAUUUAUUCAUUAGGAGGUUUUCAUUUGCCUACAGGAACUUUUAUGGAACUAAGUUCUGGGGAGAGGGGGCAGACUGUGAGAAGGCCAUGGUAGGAUUCAAUCCAUGACUCCUUGUCUCAGGAAUUCUAUCCUUUUUAAAUCUGCAUCCCCUGACCCCAACACAUGCCCUUUGUAAGGGUUUCUCUGUCCAAGUUCUGUUUCAUUAUUUUUAGAAUUUAAUGUGCAAAUCUGCCUUCUUGCACAGAGCAGUCAGCUCCUGGAAGGAAAGACACUUUGUUGUUAUUAUUCAAAUUUUAUCCUUAUCAACAGCCUCGUGGUUUGUGGGUGGAUUCUCCCCUUCACCUUUGCUUAUUCCUAGUGAACUGGAGCAUUCUAAUAUAAGCAUUUUGAUUGAGAUUAUAGACUAGAUAAAUUACUCCAUAUCCAUGCUUUCCAACUUGCUAAGAAUUCAUAUCUUCCUUUGUUCCCUUUUAUCUUGUUAACCAAAGGUCGCCUAUCCUCUUCUCCUUUAAGGCCACCUUCAACCCUUAGCCUACAUUUUCCAUUUGAGAGAAUUUACAUCUUUAAAUCAACUAAAAUACACUGCUUUUUAUGGUAACUGUACGGGUAUUCUAAAGAACUUUCCUGAAGCUGUUAAAGUUUCGUCUUCCUACGUGUGACCUACCAACAGUCUUGUACUCCCCCAGGAGUGAAAGUCCACGGGCCACUGGGGCUUCUCUUGGAAAUCUGACACAGGGAAACGUGAUAUUAAGCUGUGUGAGUAGGUGCAUACCUGCGAUCCCAGCACUUAGGGGGCAGAAGCAGGAGGGUCAGGAAUUCUACGUCAGCUUUAUCCACUUAGCAGCUUCAAGACCAGCCUGGGCUACAUGAGACGCUGUCUGCCAAAAUGACCAUGGGUAAAGGCUCAUGCCACCAAACCUGACAGCCUGAGUCAACCCAGAGGGGCAGAAGGAGAAAAACGGACUCAGCAAGCUGUACUCCGACCUCCACAAACAUACCCUGGCACACAUGCUUGUAUGUGGGUAUUCAUAUAUACAUACAUACAUACAUAUAUACAUACACGUGUGUAUGCUAAAUGAAUAAAUAAUAAACCUUUAAAAUAGAACACAAAAGGCAAGAAAUGUAAGAUGUAACAAGUUAUCAUGCAUUUUCUUUUGUUAUGUGCAACAGCUGACUUAACUCCAGUACAAAGGGUAUUUCCAUUUUUAAUAUACCCUUAUGUAAACAGGAUAAGCUUAUAUCUGGGCAUAUCAACCUUCAGAUAACUAAGAGAAUUGGUUAAUAAAAGGCUGAAUGGGGAGGGGCUUUAUAGGGAGCGAGUCUUUCAUGUAACCAAAUGCUGAGGUUUUCUUUUUCAAGCCUAAGUGUUGUAAAACCCUGCCAUAUUGUGAAGCUAGCCGUUUCGUUUUUGCUCAGCUCGAUCUCAGAAACCAGGUACUGCUGUAAGCCAUGAGUAAGGGCUACCAGGUACUGCUGUAAACCGGGAGUAAGGGCUACCAGGUACUGCGGUAAGCCAGGAUUAAGGGAGCUCUAGUUGGUCCUGUGGACUCUGGACCACUGUGGAGCUUUUCACCCAACAGGCAUCUUUAUAAUACUAUUCCUAUCUGGCAAUUAAAAAAAAAAAGUUUGUCCCACUGAUUAGUGAAGAAAUAUCUGUAGAGGCCAUGUCCUGGGCUACAUCUGGUCCAGCUGCCUAGAGUAUCCACCCAUCACCCCCUCUCAGAUCUCUGCCAAAAACCUGUAAUAAAUACACCUGUGUCUUCUCUGCAAAUUCCCUUUGGUUUGGGGUUCUGUUUACAAUGCUGAGGAUCAAACCCAAGGCCUCGAGGACGUUAAAUGAGUGCUCUGCCACUGAGCUAUACCCAGUCCCACAGAACCCCAUUUGGAGUCUGAAGUUUAGAGCUCACUUUGAAAGACGCCUACUGAUGCAUAAACCCCCUUCCCAAUUUGCCGUGCAGGGAAGCUGAGGAAGCUGUUCCAUUUAAGCAGCCUGAAGCACUGAGCACAGAGCCUUGCUAGGGGACACACAUGGAACAGUGGUUGAUUUACUACAGCGAUUUGGACUUGUGGCAGGACGUCUUUCUAAGGGAGCGCACACACAUGCACAAGGAGAAGUCUGAGGCACACUGUCUUCAAAGCUGCUGCUUGAGUUUCCAGCAGAGACUUAGUGAAGUGGAUUCCUGAAUCUUCAACUCAGUAAUUUUCUUUGAUCAGCAGUGUCUACAUCCUAUAGAGUCAUGGUUUUGGUAAAAAUUGAGAUAAUGUAGUUUUAUAGGAAUCAUAUGCAAGGGGCCCAACUAAAUCACAGCAAGAUAAAGGUUACUUAUCAUUUAUUUUUAUGUCCUUUGAUAGGAAUGUUAGUAAAUGUUUUGUAAAAGGAGUUACUCGUUCCCACUAAUAGUCCUCUGGGCCUCAGGCCUCUUGAAAACUUCAACUAUCAACUCUACCCCUUCCCAUGAGCAGAAAUUCCUUAGGAACAGCAGAAACACUGAGCAGACAGACUUGCUUUUUAGUUUAGAAUCUUCUUGUGUGGGUUCACAACCCAUCUGGAGAAGAAUGACCUCAAUUUUCAGGAUGAAAAAUACUGCAAUUGUUUCCGACGUUCCAACUUAAACAAAGAUGGACACUUUAAAGGACAACGCGGAAUGUCCAAUUAGGUGACAGCCAUGUUAAUAAUGGCUUCAUCUACAAUUCUACCACCUUUCACUAAACGCAGGGAUGCAUCUUCAUCCAGUGCGUGUACGACAGGCAGCAUCUAAGACACAUAUCACACAAAAUGGUGACACCAAAUCUUCAGAAUAGUUGUAGCAGUGAAAUGGCACUUUGUGUCACUGGGAAACAAAGGCAUUUUGUCUCCAGCAAUAAAGCUGUCUGCUAUUACCUGCACUCUGAGAUGGGCUUUAAGUGUUCUUGAGAGAUCAGGCAGGCCUCCGAGCAGCGCAUCAUGUUCUGCGCCGUGUGAGCGCCACACACCGACCACGGUGGCUGGCUGUAUUUUCAAUGACUGGUAGAUAGACAGGCCACGGGGAAGCCAGAAAAAAAAAUGACACACCCAGAAAUGCCUGAUCUAACCAUCAGAGACCUGGUGUGAAAGGCAGGAAUUAAGCAAGGUGUAGUAAGAUACAGCCGGGGCAGGCCUCGCCUGUCUGCGGUGCCGUCUUCAAUCAGGAAGGACGGCUGCAUCCACAGAGACCGGCACCUCGCCUGUCUGCGGUGCCAUCUUCAAUCAGGAAGGACGGCUGCAUCCACAGAGACCGGCACCUCGCCUGUCUGCGGUGCCAUCUUCAAUCAGGAAGGACGGCUGCAUCCACAGAGACCGGCACCUCGCCUGUCUGCGGUGCCAUCUUCAAUCAGGAAGGACGGCUGCAUCCACAGAGACCCGCAGAGUUUUUGCUGAGACACCAACUUGUUCUUUGUUACAGAGGAAAUGACUGGGUCUCAACAGUGACUCUGAACUCUGUAGGCCCUGGUAAUUUCCCUAUCUUCCUUACUUUCUUAUGUAUUGGCAUAAAUAAACUUCUAUUAA